AUGACAACGCAAGAGGACCUCAGUCCACCUCCCCCUUACGUAUCGAACGAUGCCACGGUGGCUUCAUCGAGUUCUGCAUACCAAGUAAGCUUUUCGCCAGCUACGAGCAAAUCCAAAGUUCCCCUCAGUCCAUCUCUUUCUCUUUAUCACCCAAUGCCCAAUACCUUGAGCGUGUACUCGCAAAUCAAGUUCACCCAGACCGCACAUCUUGGCGACAGCACAAAUCACAAGCUCUACGCCUUCUCGACCUAUUACAUUUCUGGUGGUGGCAAAUAUGACGGGAAGCCGUGCAUGAUCCUCCAUAAUGGUCCCAGCAAUAAAGACCCUGCCCUAGCUACGGUCGCCGAGGAGCCAAACUGGACUUUGACAUCGACAAGCAGCAUCAUUACACUGCCGCCGCUUAAUGACGCGGUCGACGCAGCCGUUGCGCCUCAGGAGCAGAGUUUCAAUGGUGCUACGGAGAUCAUGCGCGGGGGAAUGUUCAAGAAUCAAGUGACGUUUGGAUACCGUUUCUCCAUCGAGGUGGAUCAUGCUGGCACGAUUCGACGCGAGGACUUCGAAUGGCAGAAGGCGGACAAAAGUGAGAUGCCAGACGCCAAGGCGGUCUUCAAGCUUGUGCGUCUCAACUCAGGAACUGUUCGCGACACCACGACCCAAAAUGGCUCUGAUUGCGUUGCCAUGACUGGAUUCAAGUGGGCAUUAGCUUGGAACAAGCCGUUCAGAUUUGAGUUUGUGGGGGAUGGUGCAACUGGUGGAUUGGGAGAUCGGUGGUCAGUCAUGGCACUCGUCACAGCCAUGAGAAUUUGGACUCUUUACGUUCAAAGAAGGGUGCGCUGA